CAUGUUUCACUCUGCUGCUGUUAGCUGACGCGAGUGUCUAAACUCGCUCCUGAAAAUGCCUGAAGUUAACAAAUAGUCAACGAAUCCUUCCCAAAUCUUUCCCAAUCUAUGUGCUAAAAUUUCUUGAAAUUGUUUCCCAAAGCUUAGUUUGUGUUUAAAUGCGUUAUCCCUGCUAUAAAUGGAAGGGGACCAGGGCGACCAGAGGCUCAUCUUUCAGUUUGGGGCUUCCACAUCUGGCUGACUAUAGCUUUGCUUUCGACACGAGGAGCUUCAAAUAUCUGCUGUUCCUCUGCGUCUUCUCCACGUCUGCUGUCGAUUGCUCCUCUGAUGGAGGCGGCUACUUCAUGUUCGCUGACUUCUGGUGUGCGGCGCCCUCCCGGGACCCCGGGGAGGUGGUCUACCUGGUGGACUGGUACUUCGGCGGGGAGCUCACCAUGCGGUACAACAGCACGGCGGGGAACUGGACGGGCCUCACCGCCGCCGGACGGCUCACGGCCGGCGCUUUCAACCAGGACGAGCACGAUGUUCUGCAGAGGAGGCUGGAGAAGAUGCUCAUAUGUGUCGACCACGUGGACCAGCUGUACAACGCAACCGAAGAGAACACCGCCGAGCCCAGUGUGGUCCUGCAGGCGCUGGAGCGCCCCCCCGGCCGGGACCCGGUGCUCGCGUGCAGCGCUUACGACUUCUACCCUAAAAACAUAAAGCUGACCUGGCUCCUGAACGGGCGGGAGGUCGGCGAGGGAGUGACCGGCGGCGCCCCCACGUCCAACGAGGACUGGACCUACCAGGUGCACUCCUACCUGGAGCUCCGACCCCGGCCUCAGGACCGGAUCAGCUGCGUGGUGGAGCACGCCAGCCUCAGGGAGCCUAAGAUCUACCAGUGGGAGUCUUCCCUGGACUGGUCGGACUGGGGAUACGUCGCUGGUGGAGUUGGUGCUCUGGUCCUGGGGGCUUCGGUUCUGUGUGUGGGGGCCGUCUGCUACAGGGGGAAGAGCUGCCAGCCACAGAUGUCCAACGUGCUUUGACUUAAUGGCUCG